AUCCCUUCUCGGCAUCCUCCUGGCGCGGGGGCCGGCGGGAGUCCGCAGGCCCCGCCCACCCAUUCAUCCCCCACGCGGUGCGCGUUGCCUGCCGGGACUUGUAGGCGGAGCGCGCUUUUCCUUCCUCCUCUUGCUGCUCCUCUGAUGGCGGCAGGCAGCUCGGCUCGGGCAGCUCGGCGUUGUUUCAGCCCGUUGCUUCAGCGCGGCCCUCACCCACUCCGCUACGGCAGAGGCUUCCUCUCAGCCUUCAGCACUGCUGCACAGCAGAGAAGUACAGGGGAUGACUGUGGGCCAGAAGAUCCUAAUGAUGAACCAAGGCAUCUCCUAAAUGAAAACGGUUUAGAGCACAAGGCCAUCAAACUAGAAGAACAAGUCCGUGUCUUAACAGAACGAUAUCAGAGAGCCCUAACAGAUUCUGAAAAUGUCAGGCGAAGGACGCAAAAGUUUGUAGAGGAUGCUAAGAUUUUUGGCAUCCAGAGCCUCUGCAGAGACCUGGUGGAGGUAGCAGAUAUCCUAGAGAAGACAAAAGAGUGUGCUGUAGCGGAACAUAAUGACCCAGCUUUGACACUGAAGAAGAUUUAUGAAGGCUUGUCACUCAUAGAGUCCAAACUACAAAGUAUAUUUGCUAAGCACGGCCUGCAAAAAAUGAAUCCCGUUGGUGGCAAAUAUGAUCCAUAUGAUCAUGAAAUAGUAUGUCAUGUCCCAGCCGAGGAAAUGCAUCCAGGCACUGUGGCAUUAGUGACUCUGGAUGGCUACAAACUCCAUGGCCGCACCAUUAGACAUGCACAUGUAGGUGUGGCUGUAGAAUCACAUGAAUGAUUUAGACAUGUAUGGUGGUACUUGAGAUUCAAAAGAACUGGUAUAGCUGUCCACAUGACUAUUGCUGCUGGGGCAUUUCUAUUUAUUAAGCUAAGCUUGUAUUAUAUGCUGUGGCCUCUCAGGAUGGGCACAGCAGCUUGGCCUUUGCUUCCAAGAUGUACAGUUAUUUAAUGUCACUUUUCCUAUGUUAUAAAUAUUUUUUCCAGAUGUUUUUCAGACAGGUAAUCUGGCCUUUUCUGUUGUGAUUCUCAGGUCUGCAUUAAUUUUGUCAAUGGGUUUGGAAGAAGAAAGGAAUUAUAGAACAUUGUUAUGCAUUCUUCUUUUCCUCUCGCUUGUACUCCUCUGCACAUUUUCCCAAAUCUGCUUCAGAUACCAUUGGGAGAUGAUUUGGGGCCCUCAGAUGAAAGGUGAAAAACGUCUUUCUAGUACUGUAUGUUCUGCAAAAUGACAGAUGAGUAGAUACAAUCUCUAAUAUUCCAAAUUGGGGAAGUGUUGCAUAGCAAUUUGUGAAGGGUCUAAAUUUUAAUCCCUAGUAUUUCUGAAUGGGCUUCCAAAAAUUCCUGCCUGUCCCUGGAAAGCAGUGACAAGUUCAUGUAGACAAUACUGAACUGGUAAAACUUUCUAUAAGUCACCUUUCUUUCUGAAAAAUAAAAAAGUCUGAACAGUUGAGCAAGAUUUGGACCCAAAUUCUGUGUAGCCCAGCAUCUCAAUUGUAGUCGUAAUCAAUUUGAAGACCCUGAGGAAGCAUUCAAGCACCAAAUAGUUUGAGAUGCUGUUUGCUAGAAAAAGCAUAAAAAAGCAUCAAACAUUUCUUCUUCCUAGAGGUAUUGCUCUAUUUUGAUUUCUCCUUUCUGCUCCUGUUGUAGUGUAUCAUACACUGUUUGAAUGCUGCUGCAGAGAAAACUACACACAGUUUUAAAAGUGUGGUUGGGAAAUUGAAAGGUAAUUUUUAAAUAUAAUCUCGCAAUGAUCCCUGAAAGGGGAUUUUGCCAUUUUCUUCACUCCUGUGUACUGGGCUAACAUGUUCAGCUAUGUGCUACAAUGCCAAGAUUCCUUUCCUACUUUAAAUGUCUCCCGGCCUAAAUUUCAUCAGUGUAUAAAUGAUAGGGAAAUCAUGCCUCACUUUGUGUUUAACAUACACUUUGGGAGCCAGUGUGAUAAAAUGCUUUGAGUGUUAGGCUAUGGCUCUGGAGACCAGGUUUGAAUCCCCACCCAGCCAUGAAAGCCUACUGGGUGACCAUAGGCAAGUCACUUUUCCAUAGCCUCAGAGGAAGGGCACGGCAGAUCUCCUGUGAACAGAUCUGGGCAAGAAAACUUGAUGAUAAAUUCACCAUAAAUCAGAAGCAACUUGAAGGCACACAACAAUAGCAAUCAUCUUCAUCUGCAAUGUUAAUUUCUAUUCUCUUGGUUUGAAGAGAUUUCUUUGUUUAAUGACCUUGAGUAAUUUGGUGCCAUCCACAAAUUGGCUCACCUCACAGUUCAUCUGUAACUAUGGGUAACUUAUAAACUAGUUAAAUGCAUUGGUUCUAACAUAAAACCCUGAACGACCUCACUGCUUACAUCCCAGUGUUCCAGAAACUUUCAAUGUACUCCUACUGUGUACUUCCUGUUCUUUAAGCAAUUAUCGAUCCAAAGACUUCCUUUUAUGCCAAAAUUUCUCAGUUGACUCAAGAGAUUUUGAUUAGUUACUUUACCAUAAUGUUUUCAAAUAUUCAAAUAUAUUAUGUUGCCGGAUCACCCCAUUCAUAUAUUUGUUGACUCUUGAAAAACCAAAAGAUAAUUGAAAAAUGGAUUUUGUGUUAGCAAAAGUGAUGUUGGCGUUUUUUUAGGGGGGGGGGGGGGGGUUCAACAAAACUUGGCCUUCUUUGUUAGGAAUGGGCAAAGUCUAGUUCUCCAUAUGUUGCUGUGCUGUAACUCCCAGGAGUCCUCAUCAUUGGUUGUGUUGGAAGUUGCCAUCCAAUAUCUGGAAGCCUAUGCCAUUUUCCACAAAUUUACCUGGAAUAGAUAUUAAGAUGGCUAGCCUGUAAUUUCCUUGAUUCAUGCGUAUCACAAUUGAACGUCACUUCACUCAUUGCAUAAUUUUGUUAAGUUAGCGUUUUUAUGUCAAAAUCUUUAAGAACCACUGGAGAAUACUAACCAUCAUUUGCCUUAGUGAUUGGAUUUGCACAUUCUUAAUUACUUUCUUAUUGCAAUUUACACAUUUCUUUUUGUAAUUUAAGCAGCACUCCUCUAUACGAGUGUAUGAAGCGCAGUGGUGUCCUUUUAUUGAAUUGUUGCUACCUUUCCUCAUCUAUGAGGCAGCUUCCAGCUGAGCUUCUGUUGUGGUUUUGAACCACUUCCAGUAUUUUAAAAGCCUUGAUUUUCUUUCAACCUUUUUCUCAGUCUCCUUGAUUUUUGGAAAAUGAAGCUCUCUCUUUUUUGAAGGUAAAUAUGGUUAUAGUUGCAGCUUUCCACUUAUAUACAGAUUGAAUUUAAUGGCCCCAUGACUACUGUUUCCAGUAUGUUUCAAGAGAAUCCAAGAGAGUUCACAUCAAAUCCAAUGCUCCAUUUAGGAUGAAAUCCCUGGUUGUUUACAUCAUCCCAACUGUUCUAGGGCAAAAUGAUUAAGGAUAUCUAGACAAAUUACUUCUUUUUCAUAAUACUAAUGAAUAAUAAUAAUAAUAAUAAUAAUAAUGAACCCACCUCUUUCUGGAGCUCAAGGCGGGAUACAACAUCAUUAAAACAAGAGGUAGAACACUAUUGAAUAUACAGUUACCAAACUAUGUGUGAAAGUAAUCAGUCAUUUCUACAGUGAUCUUAUUUGGAUGCUUCCGUUACUUAUUUCUUCAUCUGCAGAUCAUCCUGGCCAUUUUAGUCUGGUGUAAGGAGGAAACAUUAGUGUGUCCCCAAAACUAAAUUAUUUUUAGUAAAAGUAAAGGCUUCUCCCUGACAUCAAGUCCAGUCAUAUCUGACUGGGUGUCUGACUCCAGGCACAUCUCCAUUUCUAGGCCAAAGAGUCGGCAUUGUCCUUAGACAUCUCCAAGGUCAUGUGGCUGGCAUGACUGUAAAAUUAUUUUUGCGAAGUAAUAUUUUAAAUGAACAUGAACCAAUGAGUUUAAACUAUAAGAAAGGAAAUCCCACAUAAACAUUUGGAAAAACUUGAGUCUUUCAAUAGACGGCCUCGGAGGGUAGUGGACUCUUUAUCUUUGGAUAUCUUUAAACAUAGCAUGGGUGGGGAUCUAUUGAGAGUGUUUUUGUUGUGUACAGUACUCAUGAUGGUAGGAGAUUGAAUGAGAUGGUCCUUGUGGCUCUUUCCAGCUCAUUGAUUCUAUGAACUUUCCUUUGAGUCUUGACUGAGAUGUCUUAUUUUUCUAUAUGUAAAGUGGGCAAAUGCCUCAUCACAGGAAUGUUGUAAAGAGUAAACAGUUGUGAAACACUUUGAAGAUGAGAAUCUUGUUGGCUGCUGAAUGAUAUAGAAUUGGGAUGUCUGACAAGAAUUUCUAAAACUUCAUUUGUCAAUUCCUUUGGAAAUUGGAGGUUUUCCCAAUCUGCUUGACUGUCCCAAAACUGAAGUUAGCACAGUGAUACAUGCGGGUUUAGGGUUAAAUUCAUCAUAAGUCUAAUUACUGCAUCAUUAAAAAUAGAACCAAGAUUUGCAUGUUUUGUAGAUCAAAACUCCCAUUCCCAGCAUCUCCAGUUGAAAAAUCUUUUAAGAAAGUACGACUGGGAGAGACAUCAGCCUGGCAGGUCUUAUCACCAGAGGCGGUUCUACCACCAGGCAAACUAGGCAUUUGCCUGUGGCACCAUGUUGUUGGGGGCACCAUCGAGGCAACUCUUAUCUCCUGUGGCAGGAAGAAGCUGAGGUUGCCGCUUUGGGGAGCAGAGAAGCUCCCCAAAGCAAGAUGGCACUGGCGGUGGGCGGGGCCUGGGCUUGAAAACAUGGCGAAAAAUCAGACGCCACAUUCCCGGCCGCAGCCACUAGGGGAGCUCUUGCCAGAAGCAUGAACUUGCUUUUCUGGGGCAGUAAUUGGCAGCUCCCAGAACAAAUUGGAGCCCUGCCAAGGAGAGGCCCAGCCAAGGAGUCCUGCCUCCUCGGGGCUUCAGCAGUCUGGCUGGUUUGGGGCAAAGUUUCCUGGGAAAAAACGAGGCCAAUGAGUUAUGGGGGCAAAGAGGCCUUGUGAGGCCUUCCUGGAAGCCUCGCCAGGAAGGCAUUGGCGAAUUGGGGAGUGAGAACGAAGGUGUUUGGAGCUUUGCGGAACACUUUUAUUUUUCAGUGAUUUGUUAUUUGGGGGGCACCAAAAUUUCUGUUUGCCUACACUUGAAAAUUACCUUGGACCGGCUCUGCUUAUCACUACCAGCUAGAAUAGAUAGGACUAUGUGGACUUGUGAUCAUCAAUAUAAGGAAGCUUUCCAGCCCUUUUAUGAUCUUGACUUGUUGGUCAACAUUUCUUAAUUAAAUUAUUUCCCAUACAUUUUUGAGUAUGAUUUAAUUAGUGCUGGAAAGAUUAAAAAUAGAAUGGGAAGCAGUCUUUUGCUGAACUAUUAGGUAGUGGUAGUCAGGGCCGGCCGGAGAUAUUUUUAAAUGUUAAGCGGGGGUGCUAAAAAGCGCCCCCGCCACCGGCCCCGCCUCCGACGCCCUGGCCCCGCCCAGCGUGCCCUGGCCCCGCCUCCCACGCUGUGUGGGAGGCGGGGCCAGGGCGAAUAGUGCGGGGGGCGGGGCCAGAGUUGGCCCCGCCCCCCGCCCAGCGUGCCCUGGCCGCGACCAGGAAGUAAGGCCCGAAUGGCCUAGCUGUGCUGUGCGCGUGCGCACAGCACAGCUAGGCCAUUUUGCCCUUAGUAACAAACUAAGGGCAAAAAUGGCUUAUCUGGCUGUGCGCAUGCGCACAGCACAGAUAGGCCAUUUUUGCCCUUAGUUUGUUACUAAGGGCAAAAUGGCCUAGGUGCUUGGCGCGGGCGCGGGGAUUGAAGCCCCGCGGGCCCGCGCCAACACCGGAGGCGUCGGUGGCGCUACGGGUCGCUGUCGACGCCUCGACAGCGCCCCUAGCAGCCAGCGGCCGCCUAGUAACAACCGGCCCUGGUGGUAGUCAAAAACAUUAGGAAAAGUCCUGAACCAGAAACUGAAAUCUGCAUUUAGAUUUUUUUUUUCUACAAAAAAUUGACAAACCUGAAUAAACAAUUGAGGUGAUCUUGAACUAAGCAGAAAUUAAUUCAGUUAAAUGCUGGCCUUAACACAAAGGUUCUUUUGUUGGAUGGAAGUGAAACAAAACCCAUGCUGUUUUGAGCACUGCUUUAUAAGCCAUGGGCUCUGGCCUCUAAUAGAUAACAAAAAAUUUGGCAACACUAAAAGGUUUCAGAAUGCUACCCAUUUACACAACUUGUAAACAACAAUGUGUACUCUGCAGAAAAUUCUUCAGCUGUACUUCAUACAAAAGAAAAUCGGCCUGUUUAGCAAACCUUGCAAAUGCUGAAUUAUUAUCAGUAAAUAUUUGGUAUUAUUUCUGUUUUAUAUACCUGUAUUACAUGAAAUCACAUAAAAAAUUCUUGAGAAGAAAGGGUUAUGAGUGGAAGAGGUUUAAGAAGCCCUGUUGAGAAUAUACUGUUGUCUGCAAAUCUCGUAUUGUACCCUUCCAGGAUGUUUGUCUUCCAAAACAGCUGUGAAUAUCUUCUGAAUAAAAUACACCUAGCCAGAAA